AUGGGAGGAGUAUCUUCUAAGUCCAAGAUGGGAUCGAUGGACGAGGAGGAAAACACGAAUGAAAAGAGAUGCCCGCACCUACCAGCAGAAAUUAUCAUCGAGAUCCUUUUCAGGUUACCUCAUCGAUCUCUCUUAAAAUUCAGGUGUGUAUCAAAACUUUGGAGCGUCUUAUUUAAUAGCCCUAAACUUAUUGAUACGAUCCAACACAACUUUAGCAUCAUGGAUAGAAUCCGCAACGAUAUGUAUUGUAUAGAUAAUGGAUCAUUAUCCGCAUCAUCAUUACUUGAUGGUAUUGACAGCCGUAUUCAGAAGAUUCAUUGCCCAGUCGUUGAUGAUCACUUUAGGAUUAGUUUUAUGGCUUCUUGUAAUGGGUUGUUUUGCAUACGCACUACUAAACGGCAUGAUUGUAGUUUAUGGGAUCCAUCUAGGGGGGACUACGAACGAAUACCUCCACCACCACCUGAUCCAUUUCCAGUUGAUAAGUUUUUAUAUAGGAGCGGCUCAACAUUUGUAGCUAUAGGAUAUGGGUUUGGUUAUGACUCCAAGAGUGAUGAUUACAAGUUUGUACGCUUUACAAGCUAUUUAAACUUGAACCUAUCUGAAGCUGAGAUCUAUUCUCUGAGAUCGAAUUCAUGGAAACGAAUCCAACAUAUCUCUUAUCUAUUAUCUCCGCAAACAUACAAGUACGGGGUGUUUUAUAAUGGAUCUCUUCAUUGGCAGUCAUCCUCUUCUCCCAAAGCCUUAAUUGCUUUACAUAUGACAGAUGAGUUUAUCAGAGGAAUCUCACCCCCGGAAAAUCCAGAUUUUGAAAAAUUCUGUAACACUGAAUAUAUUGAUGUGCUGAAUGGGUGUCUUUCCAUGCUUUAUAGUAAUGUAGACCUUGGUUAUGAAGUAUGGUCGAUGAAGGAUUAUGGAAAUAAAGAGUCAUGGAUUAAAAUUUACAGCAUUUCAAAACUGUCUAUACCACUUGAAACAGGAUGGUUUGGGAGAUUGAGAAGGAUCGCGUGUUUAAAAUCCGGAGAGAUUCUAUUAGAGGUUUUUCAUCUCGGCAUGAAUCGGACUACUACAGAGGCUUUGGUUUUAUAUGAUAUGAAGAAUGAAACGUCUAGGUUUCUUAAGUACCACAAGGAUACAAUAACUUCACUAUCAUUCCAUAGUUAUGUGAAAUGA